UGAGAUUAUAAUAAAAUGGCUUCACCUAUCAAAGUAGUCGUAACGGGUGCUGCUGGUCAAAUUGCUUACUCGCUUCUGUACCAGAUUGCUUCUGGGGCAGUGUUUGGUCCAGAGCAGCCUGUAUAUCUCCAUCUUCUUGACAUUGCCCCUAUGAUGGGUGUUUUAGAAGGAGUUGUUAUGGAAUUGGCAGAUUGUGCUUUGCCCCUUCUCGCUGGAGUUUUGCCCACUGCUAACCCUGAGGAGGCUUUCAAGGAUGUAGCUGCUGCCUUCCUAGUUGGUGCUAUGCCCAGAAGAGAAGGCAUGGAAAGAAAGGACCUUCUUUCUGCCAAUGUACGUAUUUUCAAAGAACAGGGUCAAGCACUUGACAAAGUAGCUCGCAAGGAUGUCAAGGUUCUUGUAGUUGGUAAUCCUGCAAAUACAAAUGCUUUGAUUUGCUCUAAAUAUGCCCCCUCUAUACCUAAAGAAAACUUUACUGCUAUGACUCGUCUUGACCAAAAUCGUGCCCAAUCUCAGUUGGCUGCCAAACUUGGGGUACCUGUAAAGGAUGUUAAAAAUGUUAUCAUUUGGGGUAACCACUCAUCCACUCAAUUCCCUGAUGCAUCAAAUGCUGUUGUUACAAUUGGUGGAGUACAGAAAUCUGUACCAGAAGCUAUAAAUGAUGAUGAAUUUUUGAAGACUGCCUUUGUAACCACUGUACAAAAACGUGGAGCAGCUGUCAUUGCUGCUAGAAAAAUGUCAUCUGCAUUGUCUGCCGCUAAAGCGGCAUCUGAUCACAUGAGGGACUGGUUCCUUGGCACUGGUGAUCGUUGGGUGAGCAUGGGUGUGGUGUCUGAUGGGUCAUAUGGCACACCAAGGGAUGUUGUAUAUUCAUUCCCCGUUACUAUUAGUAAUGGCAAGUGGAAGAUUGUUGAGGGUCUGACUAUCUCCAAUUUUGCACGAGAGAAGCUUGACAUUACAGGAAAAGAAUUAGUUGAAGAGAAGCAGGAUGCUUUAGAUGUCUGCAAAGAUUAAUUUAAUAAUAUUUAAGAAACAAAAAUUUUAUAUAGUAUAAAAAUGAUUGCAUAGUUGUAAUAUAAAGAUUAUUAUGUUGAUAUUAAAUUGGCAAUAAAUCAUUUUGCUUAUUAAUA